AUGAGCCGCCAGCGUACAAUCGCAGCCAACUUCGACGAACAGCUGCGCUGCCCUCCUGGAAUGCACGCUGGCCGAGCGGAAGGGGGUUGUGUGGUUUGCGCCCGUCGCUUCUGGGUUAACGAGCUGUACCCCAUGGUCCUGUUUCAGCCACCGGACGCAGACAUGUCUUCAAUCGAGGUGCCCUCCGGUGCCGAGACAGUAUUGCCGAGUCAGCAGGCUCGUCUGUGCCGAUUGCUGGGCAUCGAUCGGUACGCCGAGCGCUGGCCACAGAUACCUCUUUCCGAACUUCAGGCAUCCGCUGUCCAGCACCCGUACAUGGAGGGACAGUAUCUGUUGCUGCAUCGACGGCGCAUGCCAGCAUCACCCUCGGACCCUUGUACGGUUUGCCGAGAGUGUCGCAGCAGUUUGAAAUGCUCCGUUCUCAUGCUUCCAAGGCACGCGCUGGCUAACGAUCUCUGGAUCGGACGCUCUCUGCCCGAGCUGAGCAACCUGUCGCCUGGAACAAAGCGGUUACUCCCUCUCGUGCGGGUCUGCAUGCAGGUGACGGUUUUGCAGCCGCUGUCGCUACCGCGCGAUGAGAGGCAGAAGGGAUACAUCGGCAACACGAUUUUCCUUCCACAGGCCGGCCCUGGAGCUAUUCAGGACAUGGCCGAGAACAUCUUGUUCGUUCUUGUCGGCCAGAAGAAACAGGAACUGAAGUCCAGCAAUGUCUUGCAAGCUCCCAGAGACGAGUACGUUGCAGCCGUGGAGAAACUUCGGACGACCUCGCCUUACUACCGUUCGGUUGCUCUGGACCCGGGCAGACUCCAGGACAGCGUGCUGGAAGGCUGUGUUUUGGAGACUGCCGUUGACAGCUACUUGGCCCGUGAACUCUUGCAAAAGGGGCCAGCUGACGCGCAAGGGCAAGCUGAGGAAGACGAGCGCGAGGAGCAGCCUGCCGCGCCAGCCGGUAGCAGCUCGGAGGACGCUGUCUUGCGAAAUCCACCUGCUGCGCUGGAGUCAGGUCAUCUCGUGUCUAGUAUCGUUGGCCUCAACGAUGACUCAGACCAGGGCAACCGCUGGCUUCGAGUCUGCCGCGAUGUGGAAGAAUUGUGCCGUCGCAAGCCGCGGCAAGACUAUACCGAGGCUGAAUCGGUUCUUCGCAAUCGGGCUCAAAACGACUUGGGUCCUGAGCAGGCAGAUGCCGGGGGCUUGUUGGGCCGCGAGGGAGCUCAGGAGCAGCGCGUGCUGAGCCGCGUGCGAAGGGUGCAGUCGCUAGCUAACAGUGUGGAGCACGAGCGCCAGGCUCAGGGCCAAAUGUUCGAAGUGCGACCUCAGAAACUUGUGGUGCCCUCUCGCGACGAGCCCAUGAACAUGUUUCAGCCGGCUACCUGGGCCAUGGCAUUCCCGGAUCUUUUCCCCUGGGGAGACGGCGUGCCUUUCGUCAAGCGCGAGACUGGCAUGGAGGCAGGCGAAGUCUUUCGGUACUUGCUACUUCGUGAGGAGCUGGCGUAUGGAGAUAGCGCCGAGACGCCCCUUCUUCCUCGUUGGAGUCUGUCCGAACAGCUCUUGCCUGUCAUGUACGACACCAACCGCCGACUUUCUCUCAUGCGCACAUCGAAAGCAUACGUCAAACGGAGCGGCUUCAGUCGGCACUGCGCCAUGAUCGCCUCGGUCAGCACGGAGCAGCUGCUGAAGGCUAUGGCGUUGCACGGCGAGAAGGCCGACAUACGUGAGUUGUUGCGCUCACCGGAUGUGGAUGUGUCGCUGAAGCGCGCGUUAGGCGGCGUGCUGCAGGCCAGCGCCAGUGUCCUCGGCACAGAAGGACAUCGCAGUCAAAUUCGACUUCGAGGCCAUGCGGCUGGCUGGCACUACGGCAACGCGCACGUCUUCAUGACGCCCAACCUCGCAGAUUCUCGCGCUGCCCUGCUUCUGCAGCUGCACACGCAGGGCGUGGAUGGGCAGGUGGAGAACUACGAGGUUUCUUUGGGUUGGGAUCUGGAGCAGCCUAUUCUGCCGUGCGUGACCGCCAUGCGUCGGAUUCUAGCUGCCGACCCCGUGUCUCAGGCGAGGUUCUUUGACCUCAUGAUGACCCUAUUUUUCGAAGAAGUCUUGGGAUGUUUGCCGCCCUUCAAGCGAGCCAGCUUUAGGGCGGGUCAGGCCGGGGUCUACGAGGACGGUUUCGCCGCAUCGACCUUCCCAGGCUGCUUUGGGGACAUCGCUGCUUUCUGCGGCCCUCUGGAGACACAAGGACGCGGGUCCAUGCAUCCGCACAUCUUGAUCGUUCUCCUGGGCCACGACCUGGCCAGCCGUUUGCGAUGCAUGAUGGCCAGCUCUGCGCGAGGCGAGCUGGUCAUCGAGCUGGAGCGGUGGCGCGCAAAAGUCUUGGAAGCUGCAUGCCGGAUUCGGUACGACAGCCAGCUUGCGCUGGCGGCGCAGCUGUCCGUCGAAGCCUCGCCGCUUCCUCUUGGCGAACGCCAGCGGGAGUCCGCGGGAGAGCAGUACGCUGAGCGUCGCGUGCUGGCCACCGUGCACGUGGCGGAUUGGACGGGGCAGCUGGACAAUGUCCUGGUGGGAGGAGCGGAGCUCGCAGUGCUGGCCCGGGUCGCGGACGAGCAGGCGCUGGCCCAGUUGCUUCGGGACAAGGGCCCGCAGGCGCUUUGCUUCAAGGGGCCCUUCGAUGCUCGCUUGGGUACUUCACAGCGGCUGGGGCAGCCCCGCGGCGCUUUGCUGCAGUCCUCGCAAGCUUCGCAGGCAUCCGCAAGUGCUCCGACGCAAUUUCAGAUCUUAGCAGCUCGUCCUUCCUUCGGAGAAGCUUACGAUGAGCGCGCGCGUCCCAUGGUCAAGAAGGUGACGCGCCUGGUAAAUGAAAUGAGGGAUGGCGCGGUCCUGCCUGUGCAGAGUCUGUUCUCAGACUUGUCCUGCUCGGACCUCGGGACCUUCUUCACGCGCGGUUCCGUGUCCGCGGAGUGCGUGACGCUGCUGGCCUUCGCCAAGGACGAGCCGUCCAUGGACGAGGUGGACAUUGGCGGCGAGAAGCAUUUGGUCACCAAGCACCAGCAGGUCUUUUCGUACCCACACAUGGACGGCGCCCAGCCAUUCGCGAUCGAGGCCUUUUGUCACUUCACCAGCUGUCACCUCUUCAACAUGGCAGACGGCCAACCACGGUUUUUGGUGGGACGCGUACUCAGGAACGAGGCCACGGACGCUGUGGUCUUGCACGUGGAGUGGAUGUCCCGGGCGACGGAGGCUCAAGUUCGCAACCUGGAGACAGAGCGCGCCAUGGUCUGGGACUUGCUCGCGGGGGAGCCGACGCUGCAGAGCAACAAGCGCCCGGCCACCAGUCUCAUCGAGGAGACGCCGACGAAGGUGAAGUGCGCAGCCUGGGACGUUGCCUGUGCGCCGGCGCCGGACACGGCGGAAGGCUCGCCCUGGACAGGUCAGUCAGCGCCUGCAGCGCCUGUGGGCAUGCGCACACUCUCGCAGCUCCUGCUAAAAAGACUGCGUGUCUCCCUGGACUGA